AUGUCUCUUACAAAUACAUUUCAUAAAAUAAUUGAAAGGCUUGAGACCAAAAAUAUGAAUAAAAGAUUUUUGAUGUUUAAGCAUUCAAAAACACAUUAUUUUCAACCUCUAAUGGUUACAAGUGUAUUUUGGAAAGUUAAUAUACUAUUAAACGAAUGGUUAUUCUCUUCCUUAUGUGCAGAACAUCAAAAACAAAUUUGUGAAGCUUCAACUUAUCAUGCAAAACUAAUUGGAGACAAUGAUAUUUUUGAAUUAUUACAUUAUCAAGAAGAAUUAGAUUUAGAGAAUCAAAUUAAUCCAGAAUUAAUUAACAAUAAAGAUGAAUCAACAAUUGCCAUAUUUAUUGAAGAUAAGUAUGAAGAUAAAAAAAACUUCUUUUACAAGAAUUUAAUAUUGAUGAUAUACGUGAAAUUUUGA